AGAGAGAGAGAGAGAGAGAGAGAGAGACUGCAGCAUCAUUUCAGAGCAGGCAGAAGCAAGCCACGCGCGCACAUGCAGUGCAGUAGAACGUGCAGGUGAGAGAAAGAAAGAGAGAGAGAAGGCGUGCGUGGAGAAUGAACGAUAGAAUGCAGGACUCUUGGAAAAUAUGCAUUUUCUUUCGGAUCAUUACCGAAACAUCCUCGCGAACGCACAAGGAAUUAUAAUUGACCGGUUUGUUGACUUCGGGGUUUCUUUUGCCUUUUUUUUUUUAAAACAAGGGUUGCUGAUGUGAGCGAGCUCCGGUUUACGGUUAAGAUUAUUAUUCCGUCCCGAGAAGUGGCUGUGAAAAGCACUCUUGUCUUGUGAAGUUCCGUGAAGGCAUUCGACCAACCGCUUGGCACGUUGCUUCACUGCGGGGAAAAAACACACGCGUAGUUCAGACUCAUACCGGAGAGCGAGAGGUAAGAAACCACAAUUAAACUCUAAACGAUUACCGGACGAUAUCCAAUACUUUACGUUUAAACUGAUUUUGUUCCGCUCUGUGGAUGUAAGUAAUUUUUCACAACAUUAGUGAUUCGGCGUCCUGAGACAGAGUCGUGUACAGUUUUCUUUGUGGAAGUGCUGCAUUGCAGUUUCUCUUCAACUCGUCAAAACCGCCGAGAGAUCCCCUCGGUCCCCCGGAACGCGACCGGAAUUAAGCGAAAUUACUGACGGACUAAUAUAACUGAUAAGAGAGUCCUCAAGAGAGGAAGAAACGGAAUACGUCUCCAUCAUAAAAAGAGAGAGCGAGAGAGAGUCAAGUGGAUUAAUUAACGUGAGUGGAUGAUUUGGUUUCUCUUUUCUUGCUGGAUGGGAUUUUCUGAUAUCUUUGUGCUCUGAACAUCCCAGAGAGACUUAGAGGAUUUUUUUUUUUUAAGUGUAUUUUUAAACCCAGUCUCAACAAUAAAGAGAAAGACACAAGAAUAGAGAAAACAGACAUCCUAACUGAGAGAUAUACAACCAGAUAGUCACAUUAACGACAGAGACUGAUCUGCAGUGUGCUGUUAGAGAGCUGGGAAGCUUUCCUGGACCCUAGGCAGUGGAAACUGCCCAGCCAGAGAGAGAGAGAGAGAGGGGAGGGGGGAAGAGUGUAAGAAAGAGAGAGGAAACAGAGAUAUACAACCAGAUAGACACAUUAAAGACAGAGAAGGAGGGAAAGGUAGAAAGAUAGAUCCCCAGAGAGAGGAAAGAGAGACAGAGGGAUAGAGAGGGAGAGAGAAGAAGCAGAAAGGUGGGAGCCAUGCGGAGGACAGGGGUAGGUGUCUGUGGUGGAGCAGCGGUCUCCUGCUCGGUUACGCUAACUGGACCGGGGGAGUUGUUCCACCUCCUAGUCCUUCUCCUACUAACGAUGACUCAGCUCCCGGUCGCUGACUCGGCACUCCGUUACCGGGUGGCUGAGGAGGGCCCAGCAGACGUCAUGAUCGGUAAUGUGGCCGCCGACCUCGGCCUGUCCGCGGGCACCGGCUCCGGAGAUGUCACAUUCGCCCUAGAGAGCGGCUCGGAGUUCUUCAAGAUUGAUAACGUUACCGGGGAGCUGACUACCGGGCAGCGGAGGAUUGACCGGGAGAAGCUGGCCCAGUGUCAGAUGAUCUUCGAUGAGAACGAGUGUUUCCUGGACUUCGAAGUGUCUGUGAUUGGUCCACUCCAGAGUUGGGUGGAUCUCUUUGAGGGCCGUGUGGUCAUCACCGACAUCAACGACAACACUCCCUCGUUUCCGUCGUCGGUGCUGACAUUAUCUGUCGAGGAGAACCGUCCAAUAGGCACGCUGUAUCUGUUACCCACAGCGACGGAUCGCGACUUCGGGCGCAACGGGAUUGAUCGUUAUGAGUUGAUUCAAGAUGGUAGCUCUUCCGGGUCGGCGGGGUCAGGGUCGGGGUCAGCGAGGAGAGCAGCCGGUGGGCCUAUAGGAAGAGCGGAUGGAACAGGAGGAGGAAACGGAGGAGGAGGGGAUAGGAGGAGAGGGGCAUUGGAUAACAACGGAGGAGGAGGAGGUGCAGGAGGAGGUGUGAGGAGCAGUGUGUUUGAGCUCCAGGUCGCCGACACGCCCGACGGCGAGAAGCAACCACAGCUGAUCGUGAAAGGCCCUCUGGACCGUGAAGCACGCGACUCCUAUGAGCUGGUUCUACGGGUCCGGGACGGUGGGAACCCUCCUCGCUCUUCCCAGGCACUCCUCCGCGUCGCCAUCACCGAUGUCAACGACAACAGCCCACGCUUCGAGAGAGCCAUCUAUGAGGCUGAGAUGGCGGAGAAUGCGCCUCCCGGAACCCCCGUCCUCCAGGUGCGCGCUUCGGACCGCGAUGUCGGUGUCAACGGACAGGUGGAGUACGUCUUCGGCGCUGCCACGGAAUCUGUCCGCCGUCUUCUCCGACUGGACGAGGCUACCGGUUGGCUGAGCGUCCUACACAGGAUUGACCGGGAGGAAGUGGCCCAGUUACGGUUCACGGUCACGGCGAGGGAUCGCGGUCAGCCGCCACGCACCGACCGGACGACCGUAGUCCUGGUGGUCCGGGAUGAGAACGACAACGUCCCGGUCGUGGAGAUCAGGAAGAUCGGACGGAUUCUGGUGAGGGACGGAGUGGCGCUGGUACCGGAGAAUGUUCUGGUGGACACACCGGUGGCACUGGUUCAGGUGUCAGACCGUGACCAGGGUGAGAACGGGGCGGUAACGUGUACGGUGGUCGGGGAUGUACCGUUCACCCUGAAACCGGCGGGAGAGACGGCGCUCCUGCCGCUGCCCGCGGAUGAUGCCUUCGACAGAAACCGUAAGAAGUAUUUCCUCCACACGUCGGCCCUGUUGGAUUACGAGGCCACUAAAGAGUACAGCGUGACCAUCGUGGCAGUCGACUCUGGUUCCCCCUCUCUCUCCAGCAACAGCUCUCUCAUGGUCAGGGUAGUCGACAUCAACGACCACACUCCUACCUUCGCCCAGGCCGUGGUCGAGGUCCACUUUGCCGAGAACAAUCAACCAGGAGAGCGUGUGGUCACUGUGGUUGCGGCAGAUGCCGAUUCCGGCAAAAAUGCAGAGAUUGUGUAUUCAUUGGAUCCGUCCGUUAAUGGCCUGUUCUAUAUUGAUGCUGAUAAUGGGGAUAUCCGCGCGACGGGGGUUCUGGACCGGGAGGUCAGGGAGAGAUAUGAGUUCCAGGUGAUCGCCAGGGAUAAGGGAUUCCCCUCGCUGCAGGGGUCGGCCACGGUGGUAAUCAUGGUCACCGACCGCAACGACAAUGCUCCGAAGUUCGUCCAGGAAGUGUUCACGUUCUACGUGAAGGAGAACCUCCUUGCCAACAGCCCAGUCGGCAUGGUAACAGUAACAGACGCGGAUGAGGGUGAGAACGCGGAGCUGAGUCUUUUCGUAGAGAUGAACGAAGAAGAAGGAGAAGAGGUGGAGGGAGGAGGAGGGGAGAAGAACAAGGGAGUAGGAGAGGAGGGAGGAGGAAGAGGAGGAAGAGGUGAAGAAACGUUCUCCAUAGAGAACAACACCGGGACGAUCUUCUCCUCCGUGUCCUUUGACCGGGAACGCCGCUCCACCUACACCUUCCGCGUCCGGGCCGUCGACGGUGGAGCUCCGCCUCGCUCCGCCACGGCGACAGUCUCCCUCAUCGUAACUGAUGAGAACGACAACGCCCCCUCCGUGACCUCACCCACCAACGAAUCCUACACCCUCCUCCCCCCGGCCUCCUCCACCCGGACCAUCGUCAGAACCGUGGCCGCCUCGGACUCUGACUUUGGCCGCAACGCUGACCUGCGCUUCUCCCUGGUAGGAGGGAACCCCUUCAGGCUGUUUGAGAUCGGCCUGGCCAGUGGAGUGAUCACCGUGGCAGAGCCCCUAGAGAGGAGACACAGGGGGCUGCAUCGCCUGGUGGUCAGGGUCAACGACAGUGGAGAGCCAUCGCUCUGCGCCACCGCGCUGGUCCACGUCUUCAUCAACGAGAGUCUGGUCAACGCUACACUGGUGGAUGCACAGGUGGCUCGUAGUCUGGCCGCCCCUCUCUACCUGGACAUCGCGGGCGACCCCGACAGCGAGCGAGCAUUGGGGAAACAGCGCCUCUCGGUAGCCAUCGGUGUCCUGGCAGGCGCUGCCGCAGUCAUCCUGGUCAUCCUCCUAGUGGUGAUGGCCCGCCAGUGCGGCGCCCAGGGCAAGAACGGAUACGAGGCCGGGAAGAAAGAACCAGAGGAGGAUUUCUUUAGCCCUCAACCGGCCGUGCCACAAACCAGGGGAGGGACGUUGGACCGCGGACGGAAGCCCCGCAGGGACAAACGGAACGGAGGCGCUGGAGGAGCCGGAGCCGGUAAUAAAACUGAACGGCCACUCUACAGCGGCAUCGUCACGGUCAACGGGCUCCGUCGCCACGGCAACGACCACCACAUCGCCAACAUCGACGACGACGACGAGGACGUGAGCAGCGCCAGCGAGAGGUUGGCGGCGAGGUACUGCGCGGUGGACGGAGACCCCGGGAGCCCACGCAUGGGCGCCAGGCAUCACCAGUCGAGCCCAGAUCUGGCCAGGCAUUAUAAGUCAAGCUCGCCGCUCCCCGCGGUACACCUCCAGCCCUACAGCCCCCCAGCCGAGGGGAAAAAGCACCAGGCCGUACAGGAGCUGCCCCCCUCUAACACCUUCGUGGGGUCUGGAGGGUCCAGUGGUAGUGGUGGAAGUGGGAACGCUGAUGCCAUGUCUCUGGGGUCAGACCAGUGUUCUGAGUAUGGAUCCCAAACGGGGAAUAAGUACAGCAAACAGGUAGGACUGAUUCAGUUAUUCUACUGACACAAACUGAACCGAGCUGAACUGGACUGGCCUGGUUACUCAUCCACCACAGUUGACUGACUAGUGGCGGUGAUAAUAGGACUGACUAGUGGUGGUGAUAAUAGGACUGACUAGUGGUGGUGAUAAUAGGACUGACUGGUAGUAUAAUAGGACUGACUGGUAGUAUAAUAGGACUGACUGGUGAUAAUAGGACUGACUGGUAGUAUAAUAGGACUGACUGGUGGUGGUGAUAAUAGGACUGACUGGUAGUAUAAUAGGACUGACUGGUGGUGGUGAUAAUAGGACUGACUGGUAGUAUAAUAGGACUGACUGGUAGUAUAAUAGGACUGACUGGUGAUAAUAGGACUGACUGGUAGUAUAAUAGGACUGACUGGUGGUGGUGAUAAUAGGACUGACUGGUAGUAUAAUACGACUGACUGGUGGUGGUGAUAAUAGGACUGACUGGUAGUAUAAUAGGACUGACUGGUGAUAAUAGGACUGACUAGUGGUGGUGAUAAUAGGACUGACUGGUGAUAAUAGGACUGACUAGUGGUGGUGGUAAUAGGACUGACUGGUGAUAAUAGGACUGACUAGUGGCGGUGAUAAUAGGACUGAUUAGUGGUGAUAAUAGGACUGACUGGUGAUAAUAGGACUGACUAGUGGUGGUGAUAAUAGGACUGACUAGUGGUGGUGAUAAUAGGACUGACUGGUGAUAAUAGGACUGACUAGUGGUGGUGAUAAUAGGACUGACUGGUGAUAAUAGGACUGACUGGUGGUGGUGAUAAUAGGACUGACUGGCGAUAAUAGGACUGACUAGUGGUGGUGAUAAUAGGACUGACUAGUGGUGGCGAUAAUAGGACUGACUAGUGGUGGUGAUAAUAGGACUGACUAGUGGUGGCGAUAAUAGGACUGACUAGUGGUGGUGAUAAUAGGACUGACUAGUGGUGGUGAUAAUAGGACUGACUAGUGGUGGUGAUAAUAGGACUGACUAGUGGUGGUGAUAAUAGGACUGACUGGUGAUAAUAGGACUGACUAGUGGUGGUGAUAAUAGGACUGACUGGUGGUGGUGAUAAUAGGACUGACUGGCGAUAAUAGGACUGACUAGUGGUGGUGAUAAUAGGACUGACUAGUGGUGGCGCUAAU